CAGAUAUAGAUUAUUACACUUCAGCCAUCAUGUCUGCCACAGGGAUAAAGAGAAAUGGGAGGAGACAGACCAUACCUCUAAGGAAGAGCGACACAGAACAACUUUUUGAUUACUUCAUGUAUCAACAAAAGCUCAAAACUCUUCCGUCGGAACGUGACGUCACAACGGGAGUUCAGCACGUGCUGGAGAGCACCACGACUACCACUACUACUGACGCUGAUAAAAAUUCAUUACAGGUUGAGGACCAGCAACAGUUUAAACGAACCAACAGUUACCGUAAGGCAACUCACAGACUUUCAGUAUAUGACAAUAUUGAUGACAUGGCACCCUCGCCAUUUCAAAUUACACAGGAAAGAAUUUUCAAGAAAGAGGAUUACGAUAAACGAAAGUAUAAGACACUGCCCCCGGAGUCAGCAACACUGAGGAGAGCAAGUCUAAGGAAGAGAAAAGCUUCGGAAGCUCAGAUGAACAACAAUAAUAACAACAAAACUGAAAAUUACAAUGAAAAAUCAACACAUCAAAUUCAGAGAUCUGGGAGUGUAGCGUCCAAUGAUUCUGAUGGAGAGGAUGAUGUCAGUAUCAACACUAUUGAUAGGAAAAAGAAGAGUGCUUUUCAACGAGCAAAGGAAAGAAUUUUACUGACAUUUACUAAACAAAAGAAAAGUGACGAAGAAAAGAGUAAGAAAGCAAAAGCCCAAAAGUCACCAAAAAAGAAGACCAAAAGGUAUCGUAAGGAUAAACAAAAUAUAAAGGAAGAUAGUGUUGUGGUCAUGGACGAAAAUGGCCAUUGUACGUCACACGUGACCCAGACACGUCAUGGGGAUAUUCUGGUCCGUCGGGAGGAGUCUAUGGAGGUGAAAGAUUGUGUGACUCCGUCGAGUCCAGGUGUCCACUCGGAAUCACACACAACCAUCACUGAUACGCGGGACCUUUCUACCAAGUCUAAACCGGCAGCCAUCACAAAAUUUCAGUCAUUGAGGAGGAGUUUGCGCCGGAAGUUCUCAGAUGCACCUAAAUCACCAAGAGAAGAAAACAAACCGGGCCCUAGUCUUAUGAAAGCUCCCACCUCCAGUUCCGAUCAAUGGAAACGCCCAAGUCGCCACGCAUCAUUAUCCUCUCCCUCCAGUCCAUGUCCUAUGGGCCAGUUCCAGCAACCGCCAAACACUGUCACCAAGGUAUUUGAGGCAAUCAUCUCCCAGGACACCGAGCAAAAUGUUUCCGAAAGGCGUCGAACCCGAUCUACCACGAGGGCUGGUAUCGAUGGCCAUGGGGACAGGUCAAGACUUCAACUGCAGGGACUGGUCCCAUGCCAUACCUUUUCUAAUUCAUUGCCCAGAUCAGGAAAUUUUGAAGUAGAUGUCGAAACAGAUACCCACAUCAAAUAUGUGAGGAGCCCAGAGGGUUAUAUGGAUGUUGUGACGGAUACGCACGAAAGCAUACGGAUAUGUCCAAUGGAAGUUGACGAUGUGGAACCUGACUGUCCGAACGAUUUUGACAAAGUUGAUGGGCACGAGCCAGUCGCCAAGAGGGGUCGUGGGAGCGGCCGAAGACGGCUGUUAUCAGGAAAUGAUGUGAAUUCGAUCCCAUUUGAUGAACUCUCACAGGAGCAAAAAAAUAAACGCAUUGAAAGUGUGGCCAACCGUCUUGCAGCCAUUGCUGAUAACUACGUUACAAGGGCAGAGAGUAGCCAGUCGGAUAAUGAGUGUCAGUCCCCGACCGGUGUUCAUUCGGGGAGACAAGCACCAGAGAGGCUUAAUUCAAUCGAGAGAGACCUAAUCAUGGAGUUACGGAAAGAAGGAGAUCGUUUAUCAGAGACAAUUAAUGUACCAUCCAUUGUCAUGCCGAUAGCUAUGCAAUUGGUACAAGAAACUGACCAGUAUAAUCGCUUCACUAAAGUUGUUGAAUCCUCUCUUGGUGGUACUGUUGGCUGGCACAAUGUUGCCAUGUACUUCUAUGUCACCAAGGCUGCUGUACAUAUGGCGGGCGCUGGUGGAGCAGUGGCGCUCAAGCUCAAGGACAUGGCUCUUCAGUACUUCUCUGACAAGUUUGCAGGCUGGAUAACAGACAGGGGAGGAUGGGACUCGGUUUUGGAGGAGACAGAUUCAGAACUGGAUUGAUGUCGUAGAAGCAAACAUAGAGGACCUAAAUCUAUGCAACACGUACGUGGGCAGCUUGCAUUUCUGCACGUGAAUCCAAACCUUGUGCCGGUCAAAGUAUUCAAGGGCCCCUCAUUUGAGUUAUCCAAUUGCAAAUCUUCCAAAGGUUUUAGCAGAUGGAUAUUCGGAAGGAUUGAAAUGUUUUAACAGAAAGGCUUUCCUGGAAGUUACCAAAAAUAGGAAUGACACUUCGAUCAUUGUCCCUAAUUCUGUGAGUGUAACUUUCUGAGGCGGAGGUAGAGGUUCGCGAUCUUAAUUUGUUUCCAUUAAGAUUUAUGACAGACUUGUUUGACUGAUAACAUCGGUUUACACCCAUAUGAGCAGAAAGCAUAUUCUGUUGUUAUCUGUGUUCUGAAUUGCUAAUGGGGAAAAUGUUUCAAUUUGUGAGGACUGUAAAAACUAGAUGACACUGUCAUCGCAGGACAACCAGAGAAAGUUGUAAGUAUUUCCAUCACUGUAUUCGACGUUGCGCCCUAUGCUAAACCGGAAAGAUGAUUCACGUCUGAGAAUUAAUUAGAAAUUGGGUGUAUGCUGUAUUUGAAGAAAUCUUGAGAUCAGAUUGGUUGUCAUUUUUUUGUAAGCGAUACACACGCUAUUUUUCCAUCGUGCUACAUUUAACACUUAAAUUAUUCGCUGAACUGUUUUCAUCUUAUAAUUAUUAUUUGCAAUUUAUUUAUUUUGUGUUGGUGAGACUAGCACAUUUACAUUUGAUCUCUUUGACAUCUUUGAUGUGAUAAGUGAUACCAUGUUUGAUCUCUGGCAAAGGUAAUACUAGAAUGAGACAUGAUUCAUUCUAUAUAUCAAUUACACGCACAUCAUGCUUAUGAAAAACACAUACAUAAGCUUUAAGUCGUAUUUUACUGAAGCAGUUACCAGUGUGUAACAAGAUAUACUACUUAUGUAAACAAUCAAAUCUUAACUUCAUUGCUCAAUUGUACUUGGGGUAAGUGCCUGGAUAUUUAUGUCCACCUUAUUUUAUAGCGACAACUAUCGGCAACUAGAUUUCUAACCGAUAAAUGGAGAUCUUGAUCUAAGGACGAAAUAUAUGUUAAACAUCACACCACUGUAUUUCCAGGCUUUGUCAUUUAUUGAUAAAAAAGAAGAAGUAGGUAUUACUUUAGGCGGACUGUGUGCAAUAAUCUCAUUUUAAAAAUGAGAUACAAUUAUAUAUUCUUUGAGCCAUUUUUUUUAUAUUUUUUGCAAUAAAAAAAAAACAUGUAUAUUUAUGAUAACACAGUGUUUUAUUAAUAAAUGUAUAUCAUCAUUCCUAUUGGAUAGUUUGCUGUGAUAAAAGUCAAUAUUCAUUAUUUUGUGAACUUGAACAGGUGUCGCUGUUUGGACGCUUUGUCGGCUUGUGAUCAUUCUAUUUUAAAUCCAAAUAGUCCCUUUUCUGUGUUAUGACAUUAAGAAAUUGUGUUCCCCGGUUAAAGUGUAUUGAUUUAUGUACAUGCCAAUUUACAGUUGAGCUAUCACCUUGACGGUGAUAGUUUUAUCAACAUAUCGGCAGAUAUGACGUCAUUUUGAAGUGACACCAAGGUUAGAUAGUUUCUCAGAUUGAGGAUAAAACAUGCACGGACACCUGUCGACUGUAUGACGUGUUUUGUCUUUUUUUGGAAAUAUAAUUUCCAUUCUGUUAAUUGUUUAUUUAAGCUGUUGUACGAAUCACAAACGUGAUUUCCUAUGCUUUAAAUAUUGUAACCUAGUUUUGUUGCGUUAUCUGUCAAGUAAUGUCUAUUUUAAGAGUGAUAUUUAAAUUUGAAUUCCAUUUGAUGUUCUACUUAUGUAUUAAUACAUUUUUAUAUGAUUUCUUCUAAACAUUCAAAAGG